AUGUCCGAAUUUGACCAAGAGCAAAGUUCACCUGAGCCACUUUCACCAAGAACCGCUGCUGUAUGUGCUGGUUUGAGGAGGAAUUAUAGUUCUUCAAGCGCUGAAUCUAAAAGUUACGAAUCUGAAGGUUCAAGCAACAUGGCAGAGAUUCCAAACAACAACAAUGAUGAAGGAGGUGGUGCGCUUAUUGUCCAACCAAGAAAACCCCUGCGUGAGUUUUCCAUUCCCAAAGUCACCGAUCAACCUUCGCGCAUUGUCUAUCCUCAACUCACAGCUGACAGGUUUGAGCUUAAAAGUGGUAUGAUUCAUCUUCUUCCAACUUAUUAUGGUAAUACCACUGAGGAUCCUUAUAUGCAUAUUAAGCAAUUCUUUGAAAUAUGUGCUACGAUCAAAAUUCAAAACCUUGAUGAUGAGCAAAUUAAGAUGAGGCUAUUCCCAUUCAGUUUAAAAGAUAAAGCUAAGUCUUGGUUAUACUCUUUGCCUAAUGCUUCAAUUCAUACUUGGGAAGAGCUUUCUAAUAAGUUUUUGCAGAAAUUUUUUCCGGCUCAAAAGACUAACAAGAUUAGAAAGGAAAUUCUUGGUUUCACACAAAAGGAAGGAGAAGCUUUUCAUGAAUGUUGGGAGAGGUACAAGGAGAUGAUAAGUUCCUGCCCACACCACAACAUAGAGAGUUGGAUGCAAAUGCAAUCUUUCUAUGAAGGUUUGCUUGAUUCCGAAAGGAUGAUGGUAGAUGCAACAAGUGGAGAAGGACUGAUGAACAAAACAGCAGAUGAGGCUUUUUCUCUUUUUGAAUCCUUGAGUGCUAACUCUCAACAAUGGAGCCACAAUAAAGGAAGAGGAGCUCCUAUGAAAGCUGUGAUGCCCAACUCAACUAUUCCACCACAGAGAAGGAGUUCAUUGAAAUACUUGUUAGCUAAGAAGGAUGCCAAACCACGACUCAUUAGAUGGAUUCUCUUGUUGCAAGAGUUUGACUUGGAGAUAAAAGAUAAGAAAGGAAGUGAGAAUGUCGUGGCUGAUCACUUGAGUAGAUUGGUGCAUGUAUCUAAUGAAGAGGAGGAUUCAUUGCCAUUGCGUGAAAGCUUCCCUGAUGAGCAACUCUUCUCCAUUUAUGCUUUGAAUUCUCUCAAUCCAUUGCCUUGGUUUGCUGAUAUUGUUAACUAUUUGUGCACUAACGAACUCCCUACAGGGUUAUCUACUUUCCAACGUGACAAGCUUAGGAAGCAAGCAAGAUACUACUUUUGGGAUGAUCCCUAUCUAUUCAAGCAUUGUCCAGACCAAGUAAUUCGAAGAUGCCAACGGAUGGGUAAUUUACAUGCUAGAAAUCAGAUGCCUCUCACCAAUAUCUUAAUCAUUGAUAUAUUUGAUGUUUGGGGAAUUGAUUUCAUGGGCCCUUUUCCUACCUCUUAUGGAUUUGAAUAUAUAUUAGUUGCUGUCGAUUAUGUUUCUAAAUGGGUGGAAGCCAUUGCCACUAGAACUAAUGAUGCUAAGGUUGUGAUCGGUUUUCUCAAAGGAAAUAUUUUUACAAGGUUUGGCACACCUAGAGCAAUCAUUAGUGAUGGUGGCUCCCACUUUGUUAACCAAGCUUUUGCAGCACUCUUGAAGAAAUAUGGAAUCACACAUAAGGUGGCAACACCCUAUCAUCCUCAAACUAGUGGGCAGGUUGAGAUAAGCAAUAGGGAGAUUAAGCACAUACUUGAAAAGACAGUGAACACCACAAGGAAGGAUUGGUCCAUGCGUUUGGAUGAUGCAUUGUGGGCUUAUAGGACUGCUUAUAAGACCCCUAUAGGUAUGUCUCCGUACAGACUUGUUUUCGGUAAACCUUGUCACUUACCAGUGGAGCUUGAGCACAGGGCUUAUUGGGCAAUCAAGGCCUUCAAUUUUGAUAUGAAAGCCGCUGGUGAGAAGAGGAGGCUUCAACUCAAUGAGCUGGAGGAGUUGCGACAUGAAGCAUAUGAGAACGCGAAGCUUUACAAGGAGAAAACAAAGCAAUAUCACGACAAGAAAAUUCUUAGGAAGACGUUUGAGAAAGGGCAGAAGGUUCUCUUAUUCAAUUCACGCCUUAAGCUCUUCCCAGGUAAGCUUCGUUCUCGGUGGAUUGGCCCUUUUGUUAUUACUAAUGUGUUUAAUCAUGGUGCAGUGGAGAUUCAAAACAUUAAGGAUGGCAGCACCUUCAAGGUGAAUGGACAUCGGUUGAAACCUUACUUUGAUGCCAACUUUGAUGCCAAUAUUGAGUCUCAAGCACUCAAGGAGCCUCCACCACUCUCUUAA